CAGCGGGCUUGUUUGAAAUGAGGAAGCCAUAAAAAAGCAAAAGUAUCUCUGCUGGUAUUGACAACCGUCAUGUGCGGCUUUGUUGUACUAAAACAGACCUUAUAAUAGCAUUUGGAAACGCGCUACUUUUGGAACAUGUUGUUUCCUAGCACUGACUCAACGAGGAACUUUACCAGGAAGUGCACAUGAAUGGCUAACGCUAGCUGAGUUAGCUUGCAGCGGCGCCGUGUCUUAAAGAUGUACUGCUGCAUUAUUGCGAGUUAAAGCGCACAUCUAAAAGCCACAAUGUCCUCUACAGACAUCCCUCGUAUGUUAGCACUGGAGGAGGAAGUAAGGAGAUUGUCAGAGGACCUGAUGCAAUGUCAGGUCGAUAAAGACUUUGUGUGGUCCCUGUGGAAACGCCUGCAAGUGGCCAAUCCAGACUUGACCCAGGCUGUGAGUUUAGUGGUUGAGCGCGAGAAGCACAAAGCUGAGAUGAAGGACAGGAAGGUGCUGCAGAUCCUCCAAACCAAAGACAACAAGAUACAGGAUCUGGAGGAGCAAGUGUCAGGGCAGCAGCAAGAGAUAAACAAGCUGCUCCAGAGACGGACAGCCACGGACAACGAGGGUUCUUUAAUGAAGAGCAAGCUGGAAGCUGUGUCUCAACAGCUGCUCGGCACGAGCGCGGAACUUCAGGAAUUGAAGAUUCAGUGUAGGAGGAAAGAGGAGGCGGCGCAGCAAGUGGUCCGGGCUCUCGAGGAGGAGAAAGAGGGAUUAACAUCCCGCUGUGUCGCCCUGCAAGCUGACCUGGAGGAGAGAGAGAGGCAGGCCAGUGACCACCAUGACCAGAGGGAGGCUGCCCAGGCCAGAGUCAAGGUUUUGGAGGAAGAAUUGUGCCGAGCCCUGCAGGAGGUAUCCAGGUUGCAGAACUAUAGCAGUACUUUGGCAGCUUGUGUCUCCAUCAAAGAACAGGAGGUGGUAACAAAAGAGGAUCAGCUCCAUAAACUUGUCUGCGAGUUGGCAGAAGUGCAGACGUUGUACAAACAGAGCACAGAGCACGCGGCGGCGCAAAGCCAUCUGAUCAAGCAACUGGAGGGACUUAACCUGGACACGCAGAGAGUGCUGAGGAACCAGGAAGAGGCACAUACUGCUGACAACACCUCCUGUCAGAGGCUGUACAGCAAAUUGAGUCAAUGCUACCAGAACCUAAUGUCAAGUGAGGCCAAGCUGCGCCAGAGCUACCAGGAGCUGAGCAGCCAGCUGGCUCAGAAAGAACAGCAGAUACUGCAACUUCAGGCCCAGCUACAGCAACAUCCACAACAGCAGGAUGAGGAGCAACUUCCACCACAGCCACAGGCCCCGCAGACAGCAAUAUGCACCUCAACCAUCAGACAAACCAACCUGAAAGCAGCAGUACCCGAGGAUGAUGUAGCCACAUCUCGGAGCCUUAAUUAUGAGGUGCCAGAGGACAAGGCCUUGCAGCACAUCUCUCCUGUCAGAAGGCAGCAGGGUGCACCCCUGCAGCGAUCCAGGUCUCUGUCCCCAGCCAGUACUGUCGAGAUUGACCGUGGGAGAAGACAAGGAUCAGAACAAAGGAUUGAAGACCUUGAGGAGUUGCUACAACUGAAAGUGGAGGAGAAUGAAGAACUGAGGAAGGCUCAUGAUCGGCGACGCGAACGCCUGUGUGUGGUUCAGAAAAACUACAAGGCUGUUAAAGACCAGCUAAAGGAGGCAGAGAAAGCAGAUGACAUACCACGUGGAAGGAUGCCGCGUGCAGAGCCAUGGCAGCUCAGACAAGAGGACAGCGAUGCCGUGUGGAACGAGCUAGCCUACUUCAAAAACCUCACCAGGAAACUCACUCUGGAAAAGGCCGGCUUGGACGAGGAACUGGACAUGCUACGAGUCCAGGCUGCAGUAGACCGGGCCACUGUAAAAGAAGUCCACCUACGUCUCACUGAAGAACACCAGGAGCUGCUUGGCAAAGUGGAGGAGCAGCACCGGGUCAGAAGAAGCACUCGGAAAAAGCCCUCUGUUUCUUCAGAGAGAUUGGAAGAGUCGUUUAAAAAGAUUGAGCAGCUGGAGCAGAGGAUGAUGUCCCUGGAGGGGGAGCGGGAGCGGCUGAGGGAAGAGAAACAGCAGCUCCUUGAGGCCAAUGAAGACUUGGCCCAUGACUGCCGCAAACUCCAAGCCUCACUGGAUCACCUGCAAGCCCAGGAAGCUCUCAGCAGACAAGCUUUGGUCCAGGGGGAGCGUCAUCGCGGUGAGAUUGUGGCUCUCGAAGCUCGGCUGGCUGCCUCUCGGAAAGAGUCCUCCAAACUUCAUCGUCAGUUGCUGAGGCUGAGGCAGGAAUUGGGUGUUCUGAGGGCGGCCCGCGACUUCUACAGAAACCGGGUGGCGGGACCGGCACGGCCUGGCGGGACCGCUAACAGCCUUACCGGCAAGUCUAAGUUGAAAACAAUUAAGCUCAGGGGUUCCAGCCACCGAAGCUUCAUCCCCAAUCAAGCCAUCAAAUGGCAAGGCCGCAGCACCAGUCCCUCUAAGGACGAGUGGGAAGACAUCAGCAUUGACAGUGACAGUGAAGAAUACUCGGACAGCCUUGACAGUGCACCCUCAGGGACGACACCUUACAGACGACACAAAAGAAAGUUCGACAGGUGUCAGCUGGCUGCAGAGGCGCAGGUGCUGGCGGCGUCGAGCAGAAAGCAUGCUGAUGUCGGGGAUCAAGGUAGCGCAGACAACAAACGGCACAAGCGCUGGGAACGUGGGACGAGAGGCGAGAAGAGGAGGAAGUGGAUGCUCAUAAAGACCCAUCACGGUGCUGCCUCCUCCUCCUCCCCCCUGCAGCAGCGUGUCGAGUCCCUACAGCGGCACAUCAGUGUACUGCGUCGUGCCAGGAAAGAUGCUGUGCUCUCAGCCCAAGAGUUGCAGAGGGCCAAUGAGAAGAUCACAGGACAGCUCAGCUCCGUCACUGAGAAACUGAGCAGCAGCAAGCAGCUCACACAGAAGCUGACCUCUGAGCUGGCGGGUGUGGAGCAGCAGAAGAAGGUCCUGGAGAUGGAGCUGGAGCAGUGGAGACAGAGCACAUUCCCUCAUCACACGGUGCAAUCGCCAGUAAAUGCAGAGUGCUCCUGCCGGGCCCUGGAGGCGGAGGUCAAACAACUGCAAGCCAAAAUCAGGAGUACAAGUGCGGAGGUCACGAGGCAGGUGGCAGCUAACAAAGCCCUGCGAGGCCAACUGCAGGAGAAGGAGGACAAGCUCCGCCAGCUGCAGGACAAAGCGAGCCACGCCGAGCGAGACGCAGGCAUGAAAAAGCAGCUGGUGGAUGACCUGAAGACCAGGCUGAAGUUUCUGCAAGACAUGGAAAAGAGUUACCGCAGCCAGGUGGAGGAGCUGGAGAAGAAGGUCAAGUCGUUAUCUGAGGAAGCCAUCAACAGAAAGGCCUUCAUUGAGUCGCUAAAGAGGAGACUGACUGUGGCUACCACAGAGAAAAGCCAGCAUGAGGCCUCCUGCACCAAACUAAAGGACGACUUGGAAAAAAAGGAGCAGCGCGUUCAUGCCCUCCAGACUCGCGUGGGAGCCAGCGAGCAGGCCUUGGCCACUCUGGAACACAAUGCCACUGAGCAAAUGGAGAGACUGACCCAGCAGAGCUCCCAAGCUUUGGACGGGCUUCAGAGGCAGCUCAGCCAGGCCUCCUCCCAGCUGGAGCAGCUUCACUCUUUUAUCAAGGCCCUGGCCAGUGAGAUACUUUUAGAGGUGCGCGAGGUCAAGCAGCAGCUGAUGAAGAGGAGGAGGUUGAGGCAGGCCGGCGCCUCAGCCAAAUCCAUGAUCAAAGCCAAGUCCAUCGCUGCCUCCAUCCUCAAUAUGUCGGAGAACGAUCUGGCAGACAUAAUGGACUCUGACCAGGGGACAGAGACUCUUUCAGAUCAGGAUUGGCUGGAUCAUCUACACCACAUCCUCCAGCAAAAGAUCCCCUCUGCCGGCCAGCUAAUGGAAGCUUUGCGCGUGAAGAUGAAGGAGAGGAAAGUGCUGACAGAAGAGCUGGCCACGCUGGCAGCAGCCGCAGCAGUCAGCGAAAAAGCCUGACUCCCCGGGCUGAGGCUGGGAAAACUGUCAUCCUCUUCUUUUUCCUCCACCACCCCCACUCUUUUUCCUGGCCACGACUCGGUGGGAACUCAGCCCGAGCUGUGUAUUUGUGAGAGGGAAGCGCUUCGGACCCACAGCGGGCCGAGCUUUUGUAAUGAGCCCUCGACAUCUGUGUUAGCACCCAGUGUCUGUCAGAGAAAAGGCCUUUUUAGCGCCUUUACUCCCAGUCAAGACCCAGGGUGAUGAGGCUAAUGCUUACGCUAAUCUUUCACUUUUAUUUCCUCUCUCCCUCAAAUAUUUGGUACAUCAAAGACUUUGAGGUACAGGGACUCGACCUAACAAUGCCAAGUCUAUACUUUGACAGUCGUAAUAUUCAAAGACAGCAAGGUUUUGUACACUUUUAGGGGAUUCCGUCCAUCCUAAAUCAUGUACAUUGAUUCAUAAAAGACACCCACACCUUAGACAUUUUUCCUGGACAUUUGGGCUAAAUUGUAUGGCUAUACAAGUCUUUGAUGUGAAAGCAUGCACAGUUGUGGCAAUUAACCACUUAUGCACUAUUGCGGAUCAGAUGCGGUUAUCUGUGUGAAAGAAGCUUAAAGAAAAAACUGCGCUUUUUUUUGGAAUUUUUCUCAUUCGCAAUCCAUAUGUGAAACAUGAACACAUUUAUUUCCCUUUUCUGUGCGUUCUAACGAGAGAAAACGAGUUAGUAUGAGCCAGCUAACAAUGCACGUCAUGAGAGGUACCUAUUUUGAUGCUAAAGCCCUAACAAAAAACCCAUUCCAUUUACAUAACUGACCUGUACAUUAACCAAGCUACAGCGAUAUUAUUGUAGCAUCUAAGACGAAAAACUAUAUUUAUCUGGCGGAGUAACACGACGCCUCGCUCGUCUCAGCGUCACUCACAACGCCUCAAGCCACUGCAACGGGACAGACGGAAGAGUGGAUACUACUGGUUCUCAGUUUCGCUAAGAAAACUCAACAAGAUGCUCGUUUACUGUCAGGAUUUGUUACCUGAGGACUGGAGCACAAGUCUUGUGCUGGAAGACACAGCCAUCCCAAUGAGAGUGGACAUUUUAAAUGCUGUCGCUGUUUAUAUGCUGCUGUUGUUGACGGAAAUACCGUUAGCUUGAUAGGCUACGUCAAAUCAAUGUGCCUAGGAAAGAUGUUUUGGCAAUUUUUUAAAUCAUCAAAAUACGGCAGGAUACUGUAAUUAUGACAUGUUAUCAUCAAUGUACUUGUUAAUGCAUGAUCACAGCAUGUAGUAUCUAAAACCUUGUUAAAGGUUUUUUUUAGAGGGCUUCAUAGUCAAAAUAGGUACCUCCCAUGACGUGCAUUGUUAGCUGGCUCAUAAUAACUUGUUGUCUCUUGUUAGAACGCACAGAAAAGGGAAAGAAAUAUGUGUUGAUUUUUCACAUAAGGAUUGUGGAUGAUGGGCAAAAUUCCCCCAAAAAGUGUAGUUUUCCUUUAAAUUUGUGCAAAAUUGUGUUUACAUUUCAAUUUUAUGCUUACACCAUUUGAAUAAUAAAGCCAUGUUUGUCAUCUUGUCCGAACAGCAUCUUGUGCUGUGUUUUUCUCCUUCAGUUCAAAGGUCAUCUGUGAGGGUGACCGACGACAGCGAGGAUCCGGCACCUGUGUGUUGAUUGACAGCUGACUGGGAGGUGGGAGGCAGGCAUGUGGGUUUGUUAACCCCUGCUGUUGACAUGAUUAACAAGCACACACAGAGAACACAGGUUCCAUCCUUGACACCUUCUUCCUGCCUGUCUUAUUAUUAUUCACUUUGAAUAGGAAGGUGCAACGCACGCUGGUCUCCUCUGUCCUUGAGCUGGCGUCCUACACAGGAGACCACCACCAUCUUUCUCUCCCUCCGUUACCUCCAUCCGAGUGUUUGUUUUCUUUUAGCUAUUCUUUACGUUAUGCAUAAUUAACAGCGCCAAAGAAUCUCUCCGUUAAAGAAUUUAAAAGAAGAAAUAAUUCCACUUUUUAAUCACUCUCCCCUCCCUCUCCUCUCAAGUAUAUGCUAAUGAUGUCGUUUUCCUUUAUCUUUUUAUAAUAAAGGAUUAGGCCGAGGACUGUCUCCGACUGCAUCUCGGGGACCAAUUUAGCAGAGAUCCAGGAGAGACGAGCCCUGGUGGUUAAUUACCAUUCAUUAACAUAGUUUGCAUCUCCUCUGCUCCAAUACCCACGAGCCGGCUAUUGUCAAUAUUUGUCCCAUAUAAAUUCCUGCCUGUUUUUUUUAUUUUACUCCCCUCUUUUUGUCGCUGUCCUCCAGCGUCGCUAAUGACAAACAUUAAUAAUAACUCAGAGCAGUGAAAGCACCAUGCAAAUGAGCAGACUCAGCUUCCUUUUGCGUAGUCAACAUGUUUUUGCGCCGUGCUAUUCCUGUGACAUACUGUAUUCAAAUGUGGGCCCCCUUGGGUUUAAUUAACCUGGCCUUGCCUCCGACACUCCCUCUGUGAAGACGUUAAAACGCACAAAUGUCCCGCUCCAGACAUCUUUUUUUUUUUUUUUUCCUGUGCCGGAAUGGCCUGCCAUUCCCUUUCUUCGCCGUCCUCCAUGUCUUCCGCUCGUCUUUCCUUGUACCGCUCUCAUUAAGAGAGGGGCCUCCGCUGGGAGCGACUUUGAUCACUUCUUCCAAAUGCAAACUUCUCUUCCCUGUUUAUUCAUUCCAACUCUGUGUCAUUUCUCCUCCUCUUAGCCUCGCUGGCUCCGGCUUUCACUUUGGCCACACUUUACAAUGUCCUUUUUUUUCUGCAGUAGAAUGUUCCUGGAGGGCUCGGCCAAGGUCAAGAUCAUGCAUUACCCCUUUUCCACUUCACAGCACCUAUACACAACUCACUCUUGGUAUUUUUCCACCGUCAAAACAAUUUGGCUGAGAAGAUACGUCGUAACAUUUGACAGCUAGAAAUGACAGCAGUUAACACACGCUAACAUUGGCUAUGGAUCCUCCCUUUGGCUACAGUGCCCUCAGUCCAGGACACUCCACAGUCUCCACUUUGCUGCAGUGCUCUGUUUUGUUGCUGGACUUAAUUUCCUCUUGGACAA